AUGGUGGCAAUAGUGACGCUAUUACAGCACAUCAAACUCAGGAAUGAACAUAUUAAUGGCUUGAAGAAAACCCCAUUUUGGGCAUUGUUUGAUGCAAUAUUGAAAAACAAGAUAAAUUGUAAACAAUGCAGCAAAUAUGAUGACAUUUCCUUAAAAAUAAUUCAAACAUACCAGCUAGGCAGCAGUGGUUCUUCACAGUUAGGACCAGAAAUUGUAAAGCUAACAACAGAAGACAUCAAGUCCAUCUUCGGUAUAUCUUGUGGAGAUGAGCCGAUACAUCUUGGUUAUGAAAAUAAAAGAAGAUCAUCAUUUCUGACAAGAAGAUACAUACAAACUGAAAGGCUAUCGAGCACAACCAUCAUAGACUUGUUGCAAAAAGCAUUGAAAGGCAAGAAGAAAGAAGACACUGAAGAUGUGAUGAGGAUGCUGUGUAUGUAUACUUGUUUGAAGCUUUUUUUCUCUACAUCAGGAACAACAGUUGGAUGGGUAUUUCUUAAUUACAUAGAAGACAUAAACUCAAUGAGAAAAUACAAUUGGGCAGAAGCAAUAAGGAACACACUGAUGUCUUCAAUUGAAAAAUACCACAAAAAUCCAGCAAAAGUCACAGGAUGUGUUAUGGCUCUCUUGGUAACUAGUGCUCAAUUAAAUGAGGAAAUACAAGAACAAGAACAACAAAAACAAGAUACUGAAAAAACUGAAGAAGAAGAAGAAGAAGAUGGUCAAUAUGCUGAAGAGUGCCACCAAGAACAAAAGCCAGCAAAUGAAGACUUUAAUGACUUCUGCAACAUUAUACUCAAUGAUGCACCUGAGGGAGAAGAACAAAUUCAUCAACAAACACUUGAGAAACUUCAAAUUGAGAACAACAAUUUUCAACUAGACAACAUAGUGAAGCCCAUCUACAUAAAUAAACUAGAAGAGGAUAACAGGCUACUCACAGCACAAAUACAACAAUUGAAAGAUAAAAAUUCUCGAUUACAUAACCAAUUGGUUGAAAAAGAGGUCCAUGAGAUAACCCAAGAAAUUUGUGCAGUAAAACAUUCUGGGACAGAUGCAAAGAAUGAAGGUCAUACAAUAAACGAUGAAAAUUCUCAAGUGCUGCAGAAAGAGGUCCAUGAAAAUUCUGAAGUGGUGGACAAAGAGCUCCAUCAGAAAGAGGUCCAUGAAAAUUCUGAAGUUGUGGACAAAGAGCUCCAUCAAAAAGAGGUCCAUGAGAUAACGCAACAACCUUUUGCAACAAAACAUUGUGAGACAAAUACAAAUGUGAAAGAUUGUCAAAAUUCUCAGUUGCAGAAUCAGUUACUAGAGGAAGAAGUUCAUGACUUAACCCAACAAGUUUGUGCAAUAAAAGCCGAUGAUCUAACAGAAUCAAGACAAACAAAUCUACAGAAUUCCAUGAUUAAAAAUAUCAAAGCUAAAGCAAGGAAGACUACUGAGGUGUCUGAUUAUGAGUAUAGAGGCAAGAAAGUUAAAGUUGAGAAAGAAAAGGAACACAAAGAUGAGACAAUUUCAAACAAGUAUGCUAUGGCUCAAUUGCUACCUCCUGAAGAUAAAUAUAAACUACAAAUUCUUUGGAAAGAAAAGCAAACAGAAUCAAGUGCUUGUAUAUGGUUUGGCACAAGAUAUGAAAAUUGUGUGUUUUUUAAUGAUAUCAAGAACUUGGUAAAAGGGACAGACAUAUCCAGCUGUACAAUUGAUGCAUAUGCUGAGAUUCUUCAAAGAGAACCACAAGCACAGAAUUCUAGUGAUGGAGCAGAGCACAAUGGCAAGUCUUUCAUACUGUCAAGUCUAUAUUGGCAAAAAAUCAUCCAUCAAUACAUGAGGGAUACACCUUGUCAAGCAGAAAAAGCCUGGAAUCCAGAUGUCAAGAUUGAAUCAGUCAAAGACAGCCCUUAA